ACGUAGCGUGCCAAAAAAAUAUCUUCUCUGCAUCUCCGCAUCUCUCUCAGGCAUAAUUCGAAAUUCAUUUGAUCGCUCAGCAAAAGAUAAAACUCAUUAGCAAAUUAUAUAAUUCGUUUUCCACUUCUAUUAAAUUCGCUGAAAAGGCGACACCUAUCAAUAUUAAUUUCUUGGUCUGCCCUUGGCGUUGCCUUGUCUCCUCCAUUUCAGGUCAGAGAAUGGAUAGAAAUCAAGGAAAUUGUAAGGAAACGCAAUCUUUUUGCGGAUCAAAAGAGAAUCAGAGGGCGGAUUGUUCAUUAAAGGAAAGGAAAGGGAAGCGAUUGUGGAAGAAAGUGAAGUACCAGCUGGUGGAAUACAAUUCAUUGCCUGGUUUUUUGAAGGACAACGAAUAUAUUCUUGGUCAUUAUAGGUCUGAAUGGCCGUUAAGGAAGGUUUUGCUAAGUGUUUUCACUAUUCAUAACGAGACUCUCAAUAUUUGGACGCAUUUGAUAGGGUUCUUCCUCUUCCUCUAUCUGACUAUUUACACUGCUAUGAAGAUUCCAAAGGUUGUGGACCUUCCAACCCUGCAACAUUUCCCUGAUGUGCUGAGAAAAGCCGAUUUCCAUAAACUGUGUACAGAACUUAUUGAUUGUCUUCCGUCCUUGCCACAGAUGCCUGAUUUGCACAGACUUCAAGAGGAGUUAAAGACUUUGCUGCCUCGUAUGGAUUUGCCGUCAUUAUCUAAUUGGCAUAUUGUGGAACUCCUCUCUAACUGUUUGCCGGAGCGAUUCUCGAGCAACCAAACUGAUGCUUGCGUUCUGCAUAGCAUGAAGGAGGAUGUGGCAAAUAUAAUAGCACCGUUGAUGGUGAGGCCAAUCACUCGUUGGCCCUUCUUCGCCUUUCUGGGUGGAGCCAUGUUUUGUUUGUUAGCAAGCAGUACAUGCCACUUACUCUCUUGUCAUUCUGAGCGCUUAUCAUACAUAAUGCUCAGGCUCGACUAUGCCGGGAUUGCUGCUUUGAUCUCAACGUCCUUUUAUCCUCCAGUCUAUUAUUCUUUCAUGUGCUAUCCUGUCUUCUGCACUCUCUACAUAGGAUUUAUUACUCUCCUGGGCCUUGGUACAAUCUUAGCAUCCCUUCUUCCCGUAUUCCAAACUCCCGAAUAUCGUAACUUUCGAGCAGCACUCUUCUUCGGAAUGGGCGUGUCAGGUGCAGCACCUAUUCUGCACAAGCUCAUCUUAUUCUGGCACCAGCCCGAGGCACUCCACACAACAGGGUAUGAAGUUUUGAUGGGAGCAUUUUAUGGUAUUGGAGCAUUGGUUUAUGCUAUGAGAGUUCCCGAGAGGUGGAUACCUGGAAAAUUCGAUAUUGCAGGGCACAGCCACCAACUUUUUCACGUCCUUGUAGUAGCCGGAGCUUAUACUCAUUACCGUGCAGGACUGAUUUAUCUCCGGUGGCGGGACAUGCAAGGGUGCUGAGAAUUACUUAAGAGAAUAUAAAUUAUGGGACUGCCAUGUCUUGGUGUAUUAUUGUCAAAUAUGGGUACAUAAAUGCAGUGGGGAAGGUGCUGCCGCCCCUAUCUGUAGACUUUCAUACUUAUUUUUAUGGUUAGUUAAAUUGCUCAAUGUAUUGGCCUACAACAAUUCUGGACCAGAUAUUGCUAAUAGUUUUAUCCUUGCACUGUCAUAUCUCUAUUAAUUACUUGGCCACUAUGUGUACAUAUUCUAUUCCCGUUCUAGUAAGGUAAACUGCAGUUAGC